CUCUCAAAAGAUGCAUUUUUGGUCCUCGAGCUAUUGCAUAUUAUUUAAGAGCUGCAGGUGAGCCGGGUCAGCCGCGGUGCCCUUCUUUGCAGACCGACACCUUCUGCGAGUUCCAAUGUGGUGCACGAGGAGGAGUGGCAAGCGCAUCUCACACCAAGACAUCUCUCCUUCCGCGUCCACUCUACUCAACGAAACAACACAGGCAAAGGAGCAGCCGACGUUUCGUGUCCAGUUUCUUGAGAAGCGCGUUUCAGUUUAUCUCACACGCAGCAAGACCUUCUUGAGAGUGAAAUGCUACAGACACUUCUUGUUUAAGGAAGGACGUUUCUUCAACCCAAGGCGAAGGACUGUAUAAUCACGUGGAUCGGCGGAGCUUUCUGUUGCGUGUGGACCGCUGAUAAAUCCCAUCGUUUUUGGAUUAUACAUUACUUUAAAAAAAAGAAGACAAUUUUUAUCCAACAGCAUUUUUCUAAGCUAAAAAAAAAGCAACGCAGACGAACAUCUUGUAAAUUAACGACCGUUACGCAGAGCGCAUUCGGGCGUUUUGAACGCUUUCUCGGUGCAUUACGCAGCUUGCAUUCGUCUUGUCAGAGAUAUUUGAUGCAAGAUGUUUGGUUUGAGUAGAGUUCGGGGGUCUUCACGGAUCCUCGGCAAGCCGGCGCUGGCCCCGGGGGGCUCGGGAUUAAAGCAGCUCAAUAAGAAAGGGACAUCUUCCUCGGGUGGGUCCAAUGCCACCUCCCGGCUAUAUUUCGCUUUGAUUUUACUUCUCCUGACUCUAACGCCCAGGGCUGACUCGUCUUGGUGGUAUAUCGGAGCCCUGGGAGCGCGGGUGAUCUGUGAUAACAUCCCGGGGCUGGUGAACAAGCAGAGGCAGCUCUGCCAGAAGCACCCGGACAUCAUGCAGUCGAUCGGGGAGGGGGCGAAGGAGUGGAUCCGCGAGUGCCAGCACCAGUUCCGCCAUCACCGCUGGAACUGCAGUACCCUGGAGCGCGACCACACCGUGUUCGGCAGGGUCAUGCUGCGCAGCAGUCAGGAGGCAGCGUUUGUGUACGCCAUCUCCUCAGCUGGGGUCGUGUAUGCUAUUACGAGGGCCUGCAGCCAGGGGGAGCUGAAGUCCUGCAGCUGCGACCCCCACAAGCGAGGCCGGGUCCACGAUGAAAGGGGAGAAUACGACUGGGGCGGCUGCAGCGACAACGUCAACUACGGCAUCAAGUUCGCCAAGGCCUUUGUGGACGCCAAGGAGAAGAAAGUGAAGGACGCGCGCGCUCUCAUGAAUCUGCACAACAACAGAUGCGGGAGGAGCGCGGUGAAGCGCUUUAUGAAGCUGGAGUGUAAGUGUCACGGAGUCAGCGGGUCUUGCACACUAAGGACUUGCUGGUUGGCUAUGUCAGACUUCCGAAAGACAGGAGAUUUCCUGUGGAAAAAGUACAGCGGGGCCAUCCAGGUGACUAUGAACCAGGACGGGACCGGCUUUACUGUGGCCAACAAGAACUUCAGGAAGCCCACCAAGAACGACCUGGUGUAUUUCGAAAACUCUCCGGAUUACUGCCUCAUGGACAAAGCAGCAGGGUCGCUGGGAACAGCAGGGAGAGUUUGCAGCAAGACGUCGAGAGGGAUGGACGGCUGUGAUGUCAUGUGCUGUGGGCGGGGCUACGACACUACCAGAGUGACGCGCAUCACCAAGUGCGAAUGCAAGUUCCAGUGGUGCUGCUCCGUCAAGUGCAAAGACUGCGAGGAGACUGUGGACGUACACACCUGCAAGGCAUCGAAGCGAGCAGAGUGGGUGGACCAGACCUGAGGAAGCUCGUUCGCCCCUUCAUCGGGAUAUCGCUUCAGGCUACGGCAUUCUGGGAGUUGUAGUUCCAUUGCAUGGCUUUUAUUUAACUAAUACGGCAAAGCACUAAAAGAGGACUACGUUUCCCAGAAGACACUGUGGACCGUUGCACAUGCUCAGUAAAUCUUAUUAUCCCUUCUGAAUGGGGAACUUGCAAUAUGUGCUAAAACUGUGAACUCUCCUAUUUUUCUUUUUGCAUUGUAUUUUUGUUUUAAAGUGGGACAGUGUAACUGCUCAUAAAAAUCAUUUUUUUA